CUCAUCCAGCCUUCACCUUCUUCUCUCUUCAUUACCACUUCAUUUCCAACACUUGUCACUAGCUAUGUCUUCUUCCACUACUUCAGUAGCGCUGCUGAUCAUUCCUCUACUUGUAGUUAGCUCUUUCAUGGUUGCCUCUGCUGGUAACUUGAACCAAGACUUCAAGAUUACAUGGGGCGACGGUCGAGCCAAGAUACUCAACGACGGUCAACUUCUUACUCUCUCCCUCGAUAAAGCCUCUGGCUCUGGUUUUGAAUCCACAAACGAAUAUCUCUUCGGCAAGAUUGACAUGCAGCUCAAGCUUGUUGCCGGAAACUCUGCUGGCACCGUCACUGCCUACUAUUUAAAAUCAGAGGGGUCUACAUGGGAUGAGAUAGACUUUGAGUUCUUGGGUAACCUGAGUGGCGACCCUUACAUUCUUCAUACCAAUAUCUUCAGUCAAGGCAAAGGAAACAGAGAGCAGCAAUUCUACCUCUGGUUCGACCCAACUGCUGAUUUCCACACCUAUUCCAUUCUCUGGAAUCCACAGCGCAUUGUUUUUUCUGUUGAUGGCACUCCCAUUAGAGAGUUCAAGAAUCAAGAGUCCAACGGUGUUCCAUUCUUGAAGAGCCAAGCGAUGAGAAUACACUCGAGUCUCUGGAACGCCGACGAUUGGGCAACAAGAGGUGGACUUGUGAAGACAGACUGGAGUGCAGCUCCUUUCACUGCCUCUUACAGGAAUUUUAACGCUGAAGCUUGCAUUUGGUCUUCUGGAGCAUCUUCUUGCAGUUCAACUAGUGCUAAUGGCGAUUGGCUUUCACAAGAAUUGGACAAUACAAGUCAAGAAAGGAUGAAAUGGGUGCAGAAGAACUACAUGAUCUACAAUUACUGUGCAGAUGUCAAGCGUUUCCCUCAGGGCCUCCCUGUGGAAUGCAGCACUUCCUAGAGAGUUUGAACUUGUCAAUUCAUACACCAAUUCUUUCAUUUGUUACUGUAAUCGUUCAAUUUAUUAAUAACUGUUCUGUUUUAAAAGUGAUCCAAUCAAUACAAAUAUUACAAGAAGUUCAUCAUAU